AAUGGCGUCCCGGGCAGCGACGGCGACGAGCGAGCGGCCUCUUUCAUCCCCGCAGGCGACGUCGGGGGCGCCAGGAGGGUCUCGGAGCUGCCGCCGACGGCCAUGUUCCCCCUCAGCGUGUCCAGGACGCGGCUCGACAAGGAUGAUUCCACGGAGAGCGACGAGAUGGCGGGGGAACCGUCGCUGGCGUGUCCCUUGGAGCCGCAGCAUCAGGGGAAAGUGUUACUGAGCGCAGAGGUGUCGCUGCCAGUCGACACGGUCUUCGCCCUCCUCUUUCGCCAGGACCAGCUCAUGACAGACGUUUACGCGGCCAGGAAAACUACAGACGUAACGAAUAGCCCGUGGCAGGACCAGGAGGGGGAGCCGAGCACCCGCACCGUCACUUACAACAUGGCCCUUUCCCUCUCGACUAUCGGAGCAAAAGCAUCUUUCGUCACGGAAACGCAGACUCUGCAGGCAAGUCAGCCAGGACAAGUGUUCGUGGUUGAGACCGACUCCGUGAACUCAGGCAUCCCUUACGCCGACGCCUUCUCCGUCUUCAACCACUACUGCCUCACCAGGAAGUCUGACGACAGAACGCACAUUCGCGUCUGGUCGUCUAUCAAGUACAAAAAACAAUUAUGGGGACUCGUGAGAGGAAUGCUGGAGAAAAACGUGUACGCUGGCGUCGAGGCGCUCCUGGCCGAGAUAGCGUCGCAGCUCUCGGCGGAGGCAAACAAAUCGGUCCAGCAGACAACAGUGCGACGUCGGCGCCGCGGAACGAGCGGCACGGGACGCCCGAGAACAGAAGCUCGACCACAGCCCAAACCUACUUCAGAAACCCCUCGCGAGAAGAGCCACUGGCUAAUGAUAACAAUUCUGGUGGCCAUGAUUCUCCUGGCUUUGGGCAACAUGUUCCUCUUCGUGAAGCUGUGGCGUCUCGAACAACAAUCAUCCGACCACAAAACCCCUCUCCUGGACACCCCCGCCGUCAGGUACCUCGGAAUGACGGGGUCGUGGGAGGUCGUGGCGAGAAUCCUGCAGCGCCAGGAGCUCCUGCACGAGAGUCAGGUGGAGCAGUGGAAAGCCACAGUCAGCGAAGCCAACCAAAAACUCUUACAGAUCUACGAUUCCCUGGAGCAGAUGCUGACGAGUGUCCCCGAGCACGUGGAGACGCUAAAGCUGGCCCUCAUGCACAACACUGCGCAGGCCACGACGGAGGCAGAAGGAGAGGCGCAAGAGAUAGCGCCGCCUGCUUCUGCCGAAGAGGGAGGAGACCAAGACCCUUUUGCUGACCCUCAAGAGCCUAUCAAGAAUCAGUGAAUCUUACGAGGCGGAGCUCUGGAAGAAUAUUUUAAUACAGUGCUUGCUGCGCUUUGUCCAGUGAGGUAUAAUUUACCAGAAAAGUGAUGCAGGAAAAAAUGUAUCCAUUGAAUUUCAAAUGCAAAUCAGUUCACAUAUGAAGAGUAUGGUUGCACUUUUGUGUGAUAUCAGUGCAGUCAUAUUUUUCGCACACAUG